CUCGCGGACAGGAGGCGGAAGAGGUGUGUUUUCUUCACCAAACACACACACAUACACAGAGGUUUCAACUUAAUAGCGAAAACGCACAAAGUACAGCUGAGACCGGGAGACUAGAAGAAGAAAUACAGUCCGAGAGGAAAACUUGUGCAGUCCAAAGACGGAAACAACAAGAGCUGCAGACGGUUUUACACAAACAGAUGUGCACGAGACCAGACACCUCCGUUUGAUAAGACUGCAUCCAGCCAAACCUCACCUGUGAACAUUUAGGAUGGGGAACAGCAACAGUGACCGGUCCGGCGGGGGCCAGGGUGAGAGGUCAUACAGAGAUGGACAGCAAGGAGGGAAAGAGGCACGUCCCAACAUCCUGCUGGACAGCACAGAGGACGGAGACCUGUUAGAGAGAGAAGACGCAAAGGCUCCACAGGAAAUACAAGAAUUUCUGGCCUGGCAGCAGGACAUGGAGAGUGAAAUCAAAAGUCCCACCCAGGCCAGACAGACCAUGUUCAGGUGGCAGGGGGCGGCCAAAGAAGUCUUCGUGUCCGGUUCUUUCAACAACUGGGCCACCAAGAUCCCUCUCAACAAAAGUCAGAAAAACUUUGUGGCUAUAGUGGAUCUACCGGAGGGAGAUCACCAGUACAAGUUCUGUGUGGACGGUCAGUGGACUUUGGAUCCUACAGGGGCUGUGAUGACCUCUAAAACUGGCACAGUUAAUAAUGUCAUCCAGGUGAAGAGAAGCGACUUUGAGGUGUUUGAUGCCCUCAGGAUUGACUCGGAGGAUUCUGCAGACAUCUCAGAUUUGUCCAGCUCUCCUCCCGGCCCCUACCUUCAGGAUGCAUAUGUGAUCAAGCCUGAUGACAAGAUCAAACAGCCUCCUAUCUUACCUCCCCACCUGCUGCAGGUGCUGCUCAACAAAGACACAGGUGUCUCUUGUGACCCGACGCUGCUUCCAGAGCCCAACCACGUGAUGCUCAGUCACCUGUACGCCCUGUCCAUCAAGGACGGGGUGAUGGUCCUCAGUGCAACGCACCGAUACAAAAAGAAGUAUGUGACCACUCUUCUCUACAAGCCGAUAUAAUCUACACUAUCCAGCAUCUGGUUUUGCUCAUAAUUCAUCUGGUGUUGUACACCUCUGCAACUUGGAUUGUUUUGCUAAAUCUGUUUUUACAUGUUUUUAUGUAUUGAAAAUAUUUCAAAGUUAAACUUGUUGAUUGAUUUAUGAUGUAACCAUAACUAACUACAACCUAGAGCUCACUUUGUUAUAAGUUAGCAUCAAGGAAAAACUCAGAGACAUGAAAACAGCAGGUGGAUGUUUUUCAUAUUUUCACUCAAACCUCACUUGACCCAGAUGUGUCGCUAGAUUUUUAGUUGAUAAAGAGACUAAACACAUGUUGCAUAAGUGUGCCUGAACUUGACAAAGCCAAAGCAUUGUGUGUUUCUUUACAUAUACUGUAUAAGUGACCUGUAACUGUAAGAAACAAGGAAACAUGGGUUAUGGAAACAGGGUUAUGGCGAGAUAAGCACAGCUGCGACCUGUGCUACACACGCUCUCCAUUAGUGAGCAAACAGGUAUGAGGACUCAGAGAGGUUGAAAUCCAACUGAACUUGCCUUUAUUGAAAGUGAUUCCUUUAUGCAAAAUCAAACUCCCUUUACAUCCUAUUUAGUGUAAAAAAUUAUAAAGAAAUUAAAAUGUAGGAAGAAAUCUGUCAGAAUUCCAACAUUUUCUCAUGUUUUUUGUGGGUUGUAUAACUCAGUUGACACAGUGGACUUUGGGAUCCACGUUCUUGUUUUCAGGGUUGUAUGAGGUCUGAGCAAAGCAGUGAGCAGCCACCCGAUCGCACUCACACACAGCAGCCUGGCACUUAUUGUUGGACGCUGCGGAGACAGAGAAGAGUCAGGAAAUGAACAGAUAGCUAGCCGCUCAACAAAUCGUCAGUGUGAAAGUACUAUUGUUUGUUUGUAGUGCAGGUACUCCCAACUGCAGGAUUCCUGGCUGUGCUGGAAAUCAAAAAUGCUUGAAUAUUAUCAUGGUGCUUUCAAGUACUUGGAUUUGAAUUUGAAAAUGCUCGAAACUGCUUUAAAUUUAAGAUAUAUAGGAUGCCAAGUGUAGUUGCUGUCAUUAAACAUAGAUUUGGUUAUGCACAAUAACAUAUAAUUAGUUGCGAAAAAGAAGUGAAAUGAUCAAUACCAUAUGUACAGUAUAUAAAUAUGUACCAUAGCUGUAAGAUUAAAAAAAAGCUUUAAAAUGCACCAUGAAAAAAGUGCUUGAAUUUGACUUUGGAAUAGGUUAAGAAACUCAAACCUCAAACCCUGGCUGUGUGAUGCCUAUAUAUAGCUGUUUAAAUAUAGUUGUUUAAACGUACUCACUCACCGGGCCACACAUACAGCCUUGUUUAAUUUUCUCUGUUUGCAGUAAAGCUACAGUCUGAUAUUGAAUGACUGCUCUCAAUGAGAGACCAGCUGAAAAAAAUCAACAGUCCAAAGUCCUUGAAAAUAUGUUAAAUCUGAUGAUAAAAUUAGUGCCAUCAAAGUUAAGUCACAGUCUUACCAGAGCAGGUCACUUGUUGGUUUGAACAGGUGAAAUCAUAAACAAGAACAUAGGGAAGGUCAGCAAUAGCCGUGCAUCCAGGAGCCUUUCUGCUUGCUUCAUAGCAUUUAUCAUGAACUUUACAGCACCUAAGAAUACAAGAGGAAAGUUUGCACGUUUAGGAAAAGCUUACUUUUCUUUCAUUUAAAUUUCAGUCAUGACUGUAAACAAAUUUACAUGUCCAGUUCAUCAAGAGGGCUUCCGGUUCCCCCGAAGCCGCACCAGCAGCCGUACUCGUUAUACUUCAGAGGGUUAACUCCAGGCUGAGCGCAGCUGAUCAGACUCCCAAACUGCCAUAAGGCCUUCGGGUGUGCUGCUGCCAUACAGGCUGCUGAGGCAGUCAAAUAAGAACACAUGAUGAACAAAUCAAGAAAAAAGGAGCAGUAAAAAUAUAGAUAGAGAAGUAGAUGAGAGGCAACUAUUUACGAUAAGUGUUACUUUAAGGAUAUGCACAGUCUUACCAGUGAGAAGCAGCAGCAGAGGAGCUGUCAGAUUCAUGGCUUCAGUCAGGAAAACACAAGUUUUGGUGCAGCCUGGUCUUAUAUGACAGGAGGAGA